UCUUGGGCAGCGCCAGGACCAGCACCUCCCCGAGAGAGCCGAUCCGACGCUGCUGCCCUCGGCGUUGACGCCAUCUCCAUCGUCCGCAUCGUUCGUUGCCGUCGCGGCUUGAUCCCGUCGCCAUGUCCAGCCCGCAAGUCUCCCUGCCCGUCGCUCCGCCUGGGAUCUACGAAAACCUGCCCCAGCACACUCCUGUCUCCAAGCCCAAGGGAAAGAUCAGCUUGACAACCAAGCUGGUGUGCGGAGCUAUCGCCGGUGUCAUCGGAACCUCCAUCAUUUUCCCCUUGGACAUUGUCAAGACCCGACUACAAAACCAGCGACCGGGGCCGGAUGGCCUCCCUCAGUAUCGUGGAGCCGUCGAUUGCUUCAAGCAGAUUGUCCGCAAGGAAGGUGUUCGCGGUCUUUAUCGAGGUCUGCUCCCCAACCUUAUUGGUAUCUGUCCGGAAAAGGCCAUCAAGCUGGCUGUGAAUGACGCUGUGCGUGAGCACUUUGCCGAACAGCUUCAGAUCGAUGCGGACCACAUCCCGGUGCAUUACGGCAUUGUGGCCGGUGCCACAGCCGGCUUCUGCCAGGUCAUUGCGACGAAUCCGAUGGAGAUGGUCAAGAUCCAAAUGCAACUUGCUGGAGCCAACACCGCGCCUGGGCUGCCAAAACCCAGCGCCGGCGAUAUCGUUCGCCAACUCGGCUUGCGAGGUCUCUACAAGGGAACAGCCGCCUGUCUUGCUCGCGAUGUGCCUUUUUCGAUCGUCUUCUUCCCGACAUUGGCCGUUCUCAAGUCUCUUGGCUCGGGCCCGAGCGGUACUCCCAGCUUCGGCGUGGUCUUUGGCUCGGGAAUCGCCGCUGGCAUGAUUGCCGCUGCCGCUGUCACGCCCAUGGAUGUUGUCAAGACACGGCUCCAAGCCAUCCCCCGACCUGGCGACCCUGUCUACAAGGGAAUGGCACACUGCUAUCGGGAAAUCAUCAAGAACGAGGGCUUUAGUGCUCUCUUCCGCGGCGUCGUUCCCCGUAUGCUGAUUGUAUCGCCACUGUUUGCUAUCACCGUUCUUGUUUAUGAAGUCCAGCAGCGCUUCUUGAGCGGAGCCAAGGUCGCCGCUCCUGCAACGAUCUCGCAUUCCUCGCAGUCCAUGUUGCUCCCUCGCAAAGACUGAGCAAGCUCAAGCUAGAGAUGCUAAGGAGAGCAGCGGGGUCAAUGGCUAGUCGAUUCCUCUUCACCAACCGCGUACUGGAACACUAGCACCAUCGGUACCAGCACAGCUCCAUUUGCCUUGCCUUGCCACUG